AAAGCGUGAGCUCUGACGCUUGACAGGAAGUGGUUUUCAGGAAGUCUCAGAGGUUUUUCUGUCGCUUGGAGAGUUUCCUGCUCUGAAACAAUCCUCUUACUGACCCUGAAGACCCGAGAGAUCCUCAACAAGAAGGACAGACUCCUCAAACAUGGCGGAGGAAAACAUCUUCAUGUUCGUCCCCAAUCUAAUCGGUUACGCCCGGAUCGUGUUGGCCCUGCUCUCCUUCUUCCUGAUGCCCUGCUGUCCCUGGCCGGCCGUCUUCUGCUACAUGCUCAGCGCCCUGCUCGACUCCUUCGAUGGCCACGCUGCACGAGCGCUCAAUCAGUCCACAAAGUUUGGAGCGAUGCUGGACAUGCUGACAGACCGCUGUGCCACCAUGUGUCUGCUGGUGAACCUGUCCCUGCUCUACCCGUCAUACACCUUCCUGUUUCAGCUCAGCAUGUGUCUGGACAUCGCAAGCCACUGGCUGCACCUGCACAGCUCUACAAUAAAAGGAUCAACUAGUCACAAGACCAUUGACCUCUCAGGCAACCCCAUCCUCCGCGUGUACUACACAUCCAAACCCGUGCUGUUUGUGAUGUGCGCUGGGAACGAGCUCUUCUUCUGUCUGCUCUACCUCCUCUAUCACAUCCCUGACCCUGCAGCCUGGGUGUACAUGCUGCUCGUGGUCAGCGGGAUCAUCUCCCUGAUCAAGUCCGGCAUCAGCGGCGUGCACCUCAUCACGGCCUCGCAGAACAUGGCCGCCCUCGAUGUUGCAGAGCGAGAGCAAAGCAGGAAGACGCAGUGAGGGAGGAGAGAGUGAGUGAGACCUUCAGGAACAAAUCCGACACUCGUAUUUAUUAUUUUAAAGGUUACAGGCAGACGUAAAGAAGGUGACUUAAAGACGUGAUCAGAAACAAUCAUCAAAGAAAGGAAGAAUUUAUGACCAAAUUUAACAACAUUUGAAUUCCAAACGCAGCGUGAGUCUGAGCGGGGCGACAUUCACGAGUUCAACAGUUUCCACAGUUUGACUUUUUCUGCUCUGAUUUAUUUUACAAACAGAAACAAGAAGAUUUAACUUCAGAGGGUCACAGGAACAAAACCAUGUGUCAUCUCUGACUCUGUGUUUCUCUGUGCAGAUGUUCUCAACCAGGAUCAGAGAGAUUAAUAUAACAUCUGUCACAGGCAUUUAAUGAGUGAGAUUAUGUUUAUAUAUCAGUUUAAUCACCUCACUUAAAACCAGUAUGUGUGAAAAUCUGAAGAGGUGUUAGUAAAGUGGAGGUAGGGCCGGGCGAGACAGACUGAAAAUCAAAUCUCUGAUCUUUUUUUGAGGUUUUUGGGUAUUUUUCUUUUCCUUCAUAAAACAAAAACAAAACAACAAACAAACUUUUGGAACAAUAUCUUCAUGAACGCUGGCAGCAGUGUUGUUGUGUAUGUGUGUGUGUAAGGAAGUAAAUAAAGGGGAGGGUGUGAACCUUGGGAAUCUAAGAGGAGCAUCAGAGGAAGUUGGAGAAAAAAAAUCAAACUUUUCAUUUUUAAAAAUCCUCUUUAAUCACAAAUUCAAACUGAUGUAUCGCCCGGCCCUAUGCCCGGUCUUAAAAGGUCUGCAUGGAGCACAUGCAGGUUUAAAGUCACAUUAAUCAUGUAUUUACUAACAACACACUGAGGGACUUCUAACUCCAGAAACCUGCUGAAAUCAGAGUGACUGUUCUGCAGAGAGGAAGGAAACAAACCACAUGAUCAGAAAAGUCAAGAUCAUGUAAAAAAGCACUUAUAAGUGAGGAGAUUUAAUGUUGGACAUGUGUUUUUGUAUAUAAUCUGGGGUCUAAGUGACUAAAGUACUAAAAGAUUUGAAUUAAACGUGUCUGACAACAUUAGAGGAAGUCAUAAAAUAACAGAGGGAGCAAUGUUCUGCAAAUAAACUUAAAGUCUGGUGCUCUGAAGAGAGGAAUCUUUGUUUAAGUGAAAAAUCCUCAGACUGCUUCACAAACUGUCUCUGUAGAGAUUCAGACAUUAAAACAAAACUCUGAUCCUGUCAGAGUCAUGAAAGAUCUUUUAUUGGACAGUCUUUGAUCAGCUGCAGUUGUCUCAAAGAUUACAUUGCAGCCAGCCGACACAUUUCACUGGAUUAUUCCCAGAACCUUAAAGACAUGUAGACGCCACAUGAUGUCAGACAGGCCCUCUGUUUUAAAGCAGUAUUAUCCCCCCUGUGUGAACUGGUAACAAGCUUUCAAAGACUGACUAUGUGACGAUCAUGGAAGUGUAUCUGGAGGCUCUUUGCAGGAUUGUUAUCUGUUUCAGUUACGUUAAUCAUCGAGCAGCUCAUCAGUCAAAGAUCCAGAGUUAAAUAUUUACUCUGACUUCCUGUGGAAUCAGUUCCAGCUCAGAGUAAAGAGUCACAGCAGUCUGAAGUCACUCUAUGGAUACUAACACAUGUAUGAGACGUAUUUCCACUGAAGUUUAACAUCGAUGUGAGAUUUAUUUAAGUCUAACAUACAUUAAACUUACAGAUAAUCAGACGGUCUUAUUAGAAUUACAAAGCGAGGAGGUUCAAAUCUUAAUCUUUCACCCUGCCUGAUUCACUCUCUGAAGCUUUGUAAAGGUGAAGAAAUCUUCUAGUUUGACUUAAUAGAUUAGUUAUUUAGUUAUUUCUCACUAAAUCAAAACAUAAAUAUAACAAUUCAACACAUUUAAAUAUGACAGACCUUUCUUUCACCACUUUCAGACGUUUUAUGGACCAACUGAUUUAUAACGUUUCAGUUUCCCUCACUCUGUACUUCUUACUUUCUUUGCCUCCCUUUCAAAAGAUCUAUAAAUCAGAAAUAAGGUCUUUACUUUGACUCCAUGAUGGGAACCCAAACUGUUGCUGCCGCCUCACCUAAUCCAAACUCCUCUGUAGUUUGGAUGAAACGCUGUUCUUAAAGGAAAUCUGCUCCUCACUUCCUGAUUUGUAUUUUAUGAUUUUCGUUGUGUCCUUGAACUCGACGACACACUCAGACCAAAACACUGAAGGUUUCAGUUUACGCAGACGACAUCCUUUUGUUCCCGCUGAAGAAGAAAUCACAAACUUUAAACAACAAAACAAAAAGCAUUUAUUUUCAGGACAGAGCGACGGGCAGAGGGUGCUUCUAUAUUCCUGUUUUGGUGUCAUUAUUACUUUGGUGGAUUCCUGCUUUGGUGUCGGUUUAAAGGCAAUGAGUCCGUGCUUCUUUGACAUUAAGCUGUCGUUUCUUUGUGGUAGAAGAGACCUGUUUUUAUUUAGUCUACUUUAGAUAUAGAGCGUUAUGCAGGUCAUAAGUUGUACCUCACACGAUGAGCACCAAGUAUUACAUUUGAUGGUUUUUGCGUUGUGCAUUUUGAAGUCACUGACCAUGUUUGUGCUGCUCAUGAAAUACUGUAAAGCCAAGUUUCAAUGCAGAAUAUGUUUUAGAAAUACAUGUGAGAUUUAAAUACAUGCCUCUUGUUUUUCAAUGGAACUUAUUACAAAGAAUGUAUUAUUAUGAUUCUAUAUAUAUAUAUAUAAUGUAUGUGUGUUCACAGAUUACAGCAGAGUGAAAUGCUAUAUCAUUAGUCAUUAGAAUAUUUGACGGUUAUUUUGUUUGGGGUGCAGCUGGUUUGGAUUUACUGUACAAGUAGCCACAAAAUAAAGACAGUGAAAACACA